GGUGAUAGGGUCGGGGAACCUGGCGGCUUCGGGUCUGUUUAUAAAGGCACUUACUAUGGUAACAUCGUCGCAGUAAAAAAAGUGAAGAAAUCGACUAAGAACAAACUGGCUUCGAGGCACAGUUUUUGGGCUGAACUGAACGUGGCCAAUCUCCGUCAUGAUAACAUCGUGAAGGUUGUAGCAGCCACGACUUCUGUGCCAGAAGAUCCAGAGAAAGAGGACAAUUUGGGCACAAUAAUAAUGGAGUAUGCGGGAGAUAUCAGUCUGCACCACAGGAUCUAUAACUGCACGAAAACGCUGGAGGUGGGGAACUGUUUACAAUUUUCAAAGGAUAUUGUGAGUGGACUGAGUUUUCUUCAUUCGCACAAUAUUGUGCACCUGGAUCUGAAACCAGCGAAUGUGUUGAUUUCAGACCAGGGACAGUGUAAAAUUGGGGACUUUGGAUGUUCUCACAAACUGACGAAAGACGAUUUAACGCCCAAUGUUCAAGUGCGACACCUCGCCGGUACCUACACCCACAGGGCGCCGGAGCUACUGAAGGGCUGCAACGCCACUCUAAAAGCGGACAUUUACUCUUUUGCAAUUACUUUGUGGCAAAUGAUGACCAGGGAUCAGCCCUUCUCGGGUGACCGACAGUGUGUGAUGUACGCUGUCGUGGCUUAUAACCGGCGCCCAACGUUUUCAGCAACUUUCAAAGACUCGUCGAUGGGGCAGAAGAUUGAACAGAUCAUUGGUCAUUGCUGGAGAGCUGAACCCAACGAGAGGCCAAAUGCUGAUCAAAUAUUAGAAACUCUUAUUUAUCUGCAAGCACAGCAUGGAGUCCCUGAAAUUGAAUAA